GUUUUGUUACCAUCACUUGUCAUAAGGUUAUAGUUGGAUGUAUUUUUAUUGAAUUAAAUAAAAAUUAUCUGGUAUUAUCGUUAACUAAAAUUAUUUAUGUAAAACGAUAUGUUUUCACUACAAAAUCAAAACCAGGCAUUCAUAACACUUUCGCAAGUUUCAACGAAAAUAACUCCAAAACGAAAUGUAUUGCUAAAUAAAAAGUCCAGCCAGAAAGCCAAGCAAUCCAACAUACUAUGUUUAGAUAGUUUUUUAGAAACUUUAAAGAACUGUGACUUUUCCUUUGCAAGACACAUAAACACAAAGUCAUUGUUUGAAAACAGAUUAUUAAACAACUUUAAAGUAUCCUACGUAUCUAAUGACAGUUUCUUCGAAAACAAGCAUGGAUUUUCAGAGCAAAAAUCAACUCCAGAUUUAGUACCGACACUGGUUUUCCAAAAAAACAACAAAAAUCUCCAUGUUCCUCAAGGGUUCUACCAGACUUUGGUCCACAAUUUAAAGCAAGACAAUAAUUGCAAAUUUAAUAUACAAGUGAGGGGUUUUAAGACUGACAGAAGUAUAAAAGCUGAAGUUAAACGGAAUCCAACUUUAACAUCGCGAUUUAAAAGUGCUUUUGGGUUUCAAGGGCCUGAGAAUGUUGAUCCAAAACUAUCAGGCAACGUGGUGACAAACUCAGACAAGUUGAAAAAUAUUCUUACCUCGGACGAUAGCAAUGUUUCAGAAACUGAAAAACAAAGAAUCAAAAUUGCCUUUGCGGAGGGAUACUUACUGGGAAACACAAACCCCAAAACUGGGAAGGCCACCAAAUACUUCAGAAUAGUACAACAAGUUUUAACUAUUGUUAUAUUUAUGGCUAUAGUUAUUAGUUUAAUGGCUAGUACAAAUGGCUCAAUAUUUAGAAUUCAAUUAGGUAAUCAAGUUGAGGUUGACCCGGAAGAUAUCCAUGUAACAUUUGACGAUGUUAAAGGAGCUGAUGAGGCCAAACAAGAACUAAAAGAUGUGGUUGAGUUUCUCAGGAGCCCUGAUAAAUUUUCCACUUUAGGUGGCAAAUUACCAAAGGGAGUUCUACUUGUUGGACCACCAGGAACUGGAAAGACUUUGCUGGCAAGGGCUGUAGCUGGCGAAGCGGGAGUGCCGUUUUUCCACGCUGCAGGACCGGAAUUUGACGAGGUGUUGGUGGGGCAAGGGGCCAGGAGGGUCCGCGACCUGUUCAAGGCCGCGAAGGAGAGGGCGCCCUGCGUGAUAUUCAUCGACGAAAUCGAUUCGGUCGGUUCGAAGAGGACGAACAGCGUCCUGCAUCCGUACGCGAACCAGACGAUAAACCAGCUGCUCAGCGAGAUGGACGGCUUCCACCAGAACGAAGGCGUGAUCGUGUUGGGGGCGACGAACAGGCGGGAGGAUCUCGAUCAGGCUCUGCUCAGGCCCGGAAGAUUCGACGUGGAGGUAACAGUACCUACUCCUGAUUUUACUGGAAGAAGGGACAUUUUGGGUUUAUAUUUAAGCAAAAUAUUGGCAAAGGACAUAGAUUUAGAUUUAUUGGCACGUGGUACCACUGGAUUUACCGGUGCCGAUUUAGAGAAUAUGGUAAACCAAGCUGCACUAAGGGCCGCGAUAGACGGAGCCGAAUGCGUGGGCAUGAAGUACCUGGAGUCGGCGCGCGACAAGGUGCUGAUGGGACCCGAGCGUAAGUCGCGCAUCCCCGACGAGGAGGCGAACACGAUCACGGCCUACCACGAGGGCGGGCACGCGAUCGUCGCCUACUACACGAAAGACAGCCAUCCGCUGCACAAGGUGACCAUCAUACCGAGAGGGCCUAGUCUCGGGCACACCGCCUACAUCCCGGAGAAGGAGCGCUACCACGUGACCAAGUCGCAGCUGCUCGCCAUGAUGGACACGAUGAUGGGCGGAAGGGCUGCCGAGGAGCUGGUCUUCGGCCCCGAGAAAAUCACUUCCGGUGCAAGUUCCGAUUUGAAACAAGCAACUUCGAUUGCCACCCAAAUGGUCAAAGAUUGGGGCAUGUCCGAAAAAAUUGGUCUUCGAACAAUGGUUGAAAAUUCCAAACCCUUUGCAGGAGAAACAUUGGGGCCUUCCACAAACGAACUGAUUGAUAAUGAAAUCCGAAGAAUCUUGUCUGAAAGCUAUGAUAGAGCCAGGCAAAUACUAAAAGCGCACGCUAAAGAACACAAGGCUCUUGCCGAAGCCUUAUUGAAAUACGAAACCUUAGAUGCAGAAGAUAUUAAGGCUAUAAUGGCAGAAAAAACUGUCACAGAAAAGUCGUAAUAUACAAUUAGUUGACAAAAUUUAAUGAUAUUCCAAUUUUGUUGUUGUUUUUAUUUAGUUAGUUUUUCUAAUAGUUAAAGAUCUUUUUAUUAUUUUUGAUUGUAUAACACCAAUAUUGCUCUAUUUGACAGUAGUUUUAAUGGAACCUUUAGUCAAGUCUUUUUUGUAAAUAUCUAAAAAUACACCACUGUAACCAGGCCUUUGUUGACUUAAUAAUGAAUAUAUUAACAUUACAGGUUAUUCGCAGUUUUAUUUAUUUGUUUGUAAAUUACAGUGGGAAUUGUUGAAACAUUAAUAAAG